CUAGACAUGCUUUUCAGCCAUCAAUAAACAUUACCCCACGCUCUCUGUCAUAUACGUCCGCGUGCCAUCGUCGUCGCAACCAGGUAAGAAAUAGAAAUAUGUGCGCAAGCGAGCGAGAUCUACGCAAGCGGACCACGAGGCCUCACUACCGCGACUGCCGGCAGAAGCGGUCACCUGCUCCCGCUGUAUUCACCCUAUCUCUACCAGGACCGGGGUCGGGACUCUCCAGGUUUUGUCGAAGCGAUAGGGCAUACGAAGCCAGCUGUAAACUUGGGAGAAGUGCCGAUGUAGCAGCGUUGCGUGGCCUUGUCUUCGUAUUCGGACAUCAUGAGCAUGAUGCGUGGGGUAUCUGCUUCUGUGUAAUACGAUACGAGUGCGGUGAGGAGAUACGUUCACUCCUUUUCGCAUAUCCGCUGUAUGCGGUGAGCUCCAUUCCCUGUUCGCUUCUUCCCCGCUUAGCGACGGCACAAAAGGCAACUGCUCUUUUCAGACACGCAGCACCAAUCUCCGCCAGUGGUGGCUACAGGAAAGGCAUAGGUAUGUCGGCCCGAGAGACAAAGUUUGUCGAACCCGAUCUCAUUGUCAUGUUGUGUUCCAUCUCUGUGACUAGGCGUUUGGACCAUGCGUUCCUCUAUUCUGCCAAAGGUCUAUUGUUUCUGUGUUCGGAAGAUUGACGCGCAAAUAUUUUUCCGUCCAAUAGGAUUAAGAUGCCUCAGUGUUCCUUUUUUGCCAGACCGCCCCUGAAGCAAAUUGUGGCUUUUUGCCAAC